AUGAACGCCAUUCAGCAAAAGUGCCGUCCGAAGCACCAAGUCCUUGUACUGAAAUGUUACCCGCGAACCACCAAGGGAGCCGUUGACGUCAAGCCCAACUCGAGUGAACUGAGCUACCUGCUCUUCUACGCCACCUCACGACGAUCAAAGAUACAAAAAGUAGGCAGCUUUCUCGAGAAGAAGACUGCCAGCGAUGUCUGGCGCCUGCGAAUUGGUAAUGUCCAGGUGACCCUACAGAUCAUCGCCGCCCUGAUUGAGAAGUCUCCCAAAGAUUUCCCGUUAUUUGCGCAAAAUGUCAUUAAAGUGCUGAGUCUUGUGCUGCGCUCGGCCGACAUCACCAUGAUCGAGGCGUCUCUGCCUACUUUUGAGACAUUCUGCGAACAUCACGAUGCUUCCUCGCUUUUCGCCGACCAAUCCUACGUGCGCCAGUACGAAGACAUCGUGCACCAAUAUGCGACCUUUGCCUCGACCCGGCAGACCCCCGGCAAGGGCACGCCAAGCAAGCCUGUCGCCUUGAGAUGGAGGAAUGCAGGCUUGGCGGCCAUCAGGAGCGUUGCCGAAUCCGAUGCCCUGUCUUCUGUAGCUGGUCGACAGUUGGAUGUCAUUGUGCCCAUGAUCUUGGAGAAUCUCUGGUCAGACAAUGAAGGCUUUCUUGACGUCUUGGUCCACCGCAUGCAGGCCGAAGAGAAAGGUGAUGCCGGGGUCCUGCUCCGCCGUCGCACUAGCAUCUCGACUGUUAAAACUGCAGAGGAGCCCGGAGACACGAACCCGAUUGCACUGUCAGGCUCUGCAGCCGACGCCGACGCAUUGGCCGAAGAGGAGACCGGCCUGCUUGCCAUGCAGUGCUUGAAGCAAAUCUUUGUUAUACCGAAUCGUGCUCAGCUGCACGGCGCAACCCAGGCCAUUCUACAAUUCCUCCGAGAAAAAGUCCAACAGAACGAAACCGUCGUGCACACUGAUGACCGGACGAAGCGCGACAGUGGCUGGGCAGUCAAGAUCUAUUGCCUCGCCGCCCAGUGGGCCCCUGUACAAGAUCGAUAUGUCAUACUCGUUACUGCACUCGACGCGUUUGUGCGCACACAACCAAACAAUGACCACGUGGCUGAGCAAAUAGUGCUGGUCGCUCUCAUCAGUUCACUUCUGCGGUCAGAAGUUAACCUCAUUGGUCUGAGUAUCAUGGAUGUUCUCCUCGGUCUAAUUCAACAAAUGAAGAAGACACUGAAGUAUUCUGGGCGCGCGAGCCAAGGUAAAGAUGAAAAGUCUGCUUCAGAUACUGAGCCUACACAGCAACCCAGCACAUUGCACUUGGAUCUUCUGGACAGAAUACAGAGGUGCAUAGGUGAUCUGGCGACUCACGUUUAUUAUGCAGACCAGAUCUCGGACAUGAUCUCGGCUAUUCUGUCACGCCUCAAACCCCAUCCGAGUACCCUCGGCACUUCGCAGACAGCCGACGCCGCCGAGAACACAGCAGCCCCGGGAACCUCGGCCGGAAGCCUCGUAGACGAUCAGCAACAUCUCGACUCGUACUUCGCACUCGAUCUUGCCAAGGCAGCAGCUCUGAAAGCGAUCAAGGCUGUUCUUCUGAUUGCCAAUCCAAAGACAAAGAUUAGUGGCAAUGUCAGUCUCACAAGGAACAAGGUACCAAUCCAGGUCUGGGAAGGCACACAUUGGCUGUUACGUGACCCGGACGGAGAAGUACGAAAGGCAUACGGCGAUGCCCUUAUAACAUGGCUUGAUCGCGAGACUACCAGGGCCGACCUCAUUGCCCGUGACGAAUUGCAGAAGCUGCCCAAGGCCGCGGGCAAGGAUGCUCCAUCCUCUAAUUUUGCUCGUAGAGCUGCCAAUCCUUCAUCACGGGAGAAGCCAGUCAAGGUGCCCAAGUCGUACUUCUUACAGUUGUUGCACCUGUCCAUCUACGACAAUGCGCUCCAGUUUGUCGAUUACGAGUCAGAUGUUGCCUUGUGUCAUGUGCUCCUCACAAAAAUGGUCGACAGACUUGGUGUGAACGCCACUCGGUAUGGUAUCCCAAUGGUUUUCCGCCUCCAAGAAGACAUCUUAGAAGCCGAGACACCACUGGCCAAGGUCCGUCUGGGCGCUUUGUGCCACGGAUAUUUCUGGGCCCUUGUGGAAAAGUUUGAUCUCGAUACUAUGGUUGUCGGUCAGGCCGUCCAGAAUGAAAUUACCAGACGGAGGAGCAAGCAUUUCUGGGUGGACGGUAUACAGGUACCACCGCCAGUGCUGGAUUCUAUUGGCACUCCGGGUGCCCAUCGCGCACAGGCACAAGCAAAGAUACCAGUGGGCGACGUAGAGUCUGAGGCUCUGCUCCCAUUCGAUGAUCGCGCAACCAUGGUGGACUGCAUAUGCAACAACUACCAUAUUAGCGAGGCUUCACCACCUACUAGCCCCUCUACUUCUCCUGGACGGACUUUCGCCCAUCCCAUAUUGAGUUCAUCCUUGAGCGCCAUUCCGCCGGCAGAAACAGACCACCAAAUUCCAGCCAAGUUCCGGGAAGAUAUGCUGGCUGAGUGGACUAGGGACGAAGCAAUCGCGGCAUUGCAGGAAGGUAGUAAAUCAGCAUCCCUCAAUGGGUCAAAGACGAACACUACUGUCACCAAGAACAACCGCUUGACGGUUCACAGUUACCUGGCCAAUGGCCACACCCAUAGUGGCACAGGGUCUCCGGUCAAUAGCCACCACAAUCUGCGACCCGCAUCUCAUGCUGGUGGCAUUGGCUCGGCACUUCGUAAAUCUAGCGUGCAGAGUCGCUUUUCAGCACGGAGCACUUCAAGUCGCGGUGUCGACAUUGCUUCAGUUGACCAACUAAAGUCGGUACUCAGUGGAGAUGCCCCGCGCCCGCCCACGAUGCAUACGGUUGGCAAUGAUAGCAGCAGUAGCGAAAGCGUGGCCAGUUAUGAUUACACCCCAUCAGAGGUCUCAGACGCACAGUCAGAGCCAGGCCUAGCACGUACCAGGUCCAAGUCGCGAGAACGCAAGGCAUCCGGAGAUGACGGUGGUCCCCUGACAUCGCAUCCUACAAACGAGGAAGACGAAAUGGACGAUGAGGUACCACCAGUACCGCCCAUCCCGUCAUCGAUGGCGGGAAAUCAUGCUAAUAUCUACCGACCACCAUCUUCAAUUUCGACAAAGGACCAUGCCUUCAAGCCUUACAAGCGAAGUAUCACAAGCAGAGGCAGCGAGAGUGUGGGCAGUAACCCCAUGUCCGAAGCUGGAGGCCCGGCCUUUGAUCUCCAGUCUUUGCUCCGAGGUAUUGACAGCAAGUCUAGAGAGCACAGCCUUGGAAAUCUCACCAAGCCUCCAUACUAA